CUGAUGCCUUCAAAUCAUCAUCAAGUCGAGGAGGUCAGCCAGCCUUCAAAGCAUCACAAUCAUUUGGUAGUGAGGACAUCGUGGCAGUGAAGAAAGCCGAAGAGUCGGUGUGGCUACAGCAGGAGCAGCGACGACUCCGAUGGUUACAAAGGCUUAAGGAGAAGGUAUCCGACAGGGAAGAGCAAGAGUUCGAACGUAUACAAACUGCCAAGAAGGCGAGGUUGUCGCGGCCGAAGGAGUCGGUAUGGAAGAGGUCACGGGAGUUACCAGGGAGAAGGAAGAAGUGGCAGCGAGCUGAGGGGCCGGUACCCUCUACCUUUGAAGAACAACCGCCACCGUCUGGAAUCCUCCCUGAGGCAUACGAUGAUGAUAAUAGCGAGAUGAGUGAAGACAACUGUGAUGGUGGUAUGGAAGCACCCAAGAGCGAUGAGGAGCAGUGCGAACGUAUUCACACGUCCCACAUCAUCGGAGACCCGCAAACACUCAGCCAAGCCCUUCCUGUUGCUUUCAUCAAUAUACCACCAAAACCCUCGUAGAUUUUC